AUAUUUCAUUAUCGUUAACAAUAAAAUGUUAGACAUGCAUAAGACAUGUAAGAAGACUCACAGUUCAAUGUCCAAAACAACUCUCUCGGUGUAAUGUUAAACAGUAGUGAUUGUUUGUCUCAGACUCAAUCAGCCGAUACGAGAGUUCCUCUGAAUAUUCACGCAGUAAUGUGUCAUUGCUUUAGAACUUAACAGCAGAGGUUAAUAUUAAUCAUUUGCACCACGUUCGUGUUGUCGUUGUUGCAAUGACCUAUUCUUAUACAGAUCAUGUAUUUCAUGAGAAUUACUCAGUACAGUCAAGUAAUCACAGUUACACUUCCAAUGUAACAUCAAGCAACCAGACUAAUUUCAAGUAACACCAGUCAGUCUGAUAUGAAUCAGAGAUUAUCCAUAAGUUUUUGUCACAAUGUAUUAUUGUGUAUUAUUAUUUAACAACACGAUACCAACAGUAGGCCUAAUUGUUAGCGGACCCGGAUCUGACUGACGAGUUGUUUACCUUUUCUGAUCUCAUGGGAGAAAUUCCCGCACUAAAGUCAAUAGCAAUAAACUGUGUGUUUACAUGUGUCAUGUUCUGAAACAUAAUAAUCUAUUGGGACUUGAUACACAUAAAGACGAUAUGAUUCAACUUAUCAGUAAACGAGUUUCCCAAAAUAGAUCUUAAGAUACAAAAUAGCGCAUGCAAUGGAUAUAUCAUGCUGUGAUGAGUGGAACGGAUUAUAGAAACAGGAGGAAGAUCUUAACGCGGUUCACACUGGUAGAAACACUGUAAAGGAAACAGAUAACCAUUCAGUAGUUCAAAUGACCGGGUUAUGCAUAGAUACAAUGCUUUCAAAACGCUGUACGCCAUGUUUAGAAUAUUAAACGGAAAUAUUGAGGAAAAGUUAACCGUGCAUUUAAAAUAAUAUUCUUGGAACCGUUAAACGCUCAGUAAUCAAUGGGCUAGGACUGAAAUAUGAUAUAAACGACUUUUAGCGCAGAGAGUAAAACCAAAGCAGAGACGUCUGUGAUAGUUGCUAAAUAGUGAUCAAUAUCAUGUGAAAUCUGGUCUUUUGUCAAUUUACCUGGAUCAUAGGAUUUUAUUCUCCGUGUUCAUGUACAUGCUUAUAUAGUGGCAAAUUACACUCAAUUUUGCACAAAUGCUUAAGCAAGAUUAGGUCAACCAAAAUGGACUGAUGUUAACUGCAAUAUUUUAGAAGUCACUGGUCUGGAAUUACUCAAAAUUAUCUGAUAUCAUCAAAAUUAAUGAACAGGAACAUUAAAACAUUGCAAAAGGACCAGGCAUCAGGGAUGAUUAGUCCACCAGCAGAAUCCUGGUUUAUGUAGGAAUACCAGAACAGCGACGACCGUGUUAUGUCUGGGAAAUGGUUACAAGUAGCCGAUGAAAUACGGCCACUUGUCAGUUUACAUGACCUGUAUUAUUAUUAUUUUUUUCUUCUUCUCCCCGCAUAAUUAUUAUACAUACGUAACAUAAACUAAAAUUUCAGAUUCCUAGCUGUAGCUGUUGAAAUAGUCACAUAAAACUUUAAAAAUUUGGAGUGAAGUCAUUUAAUGGAAUAGCCUUGACGCACCUUUCUUGAAGUAAUAACUGGUAUAUGAUGUUGGUUAAUAUCGUCACGUAUAUAACACACAUGAUUUAACAAAUGCUACAACGGGGAAAAAUGCAUAUGCCAUAUGCAAAUUCUAAUAUGGCACUAUAUUCGAUUGGCCCGCUAUAAAAAUGAAUAAUGAGACACAUAAAGUAUGACAUUCUCACUUUAUACGCUAGGUAUUCUCAUUAUAUAACUGCUUCCUCGAUUAUAUAUACUCUGUUAAGUAUAAAAAAGAGUAAAACAAAUUAGCAACUAACUGGUUUAGAGAACUAUACAUUUUCGUAUGUAUGUCUUGCCAUUUGUAGUGCUGAUAAUACCGGGAAAUCAGCAUAAAAAUUACCCAGAUAUGCCAUCGGCUGGUUGUAAUAAAUUUCUAUUACAUCAACUACGUUAAACACAUUCCAUCAUCUUGACAGGGCUUGUAUUGUCUAUUAAUUCCAACAAAUAACAUCAUGUAGCCGUCAUCAAUGACAAAAUCGUGAAAUCGAUGGUGUUUACGAUGGUCGAGCUAUACCAAUGUUUAUUACGUGUUAUUGGCAAUGAGGGUAGUAUAUCCACUUCAACUCUUCUUUCCAGUGAGUAAUUCGCAGUAAUAAGUUGCCAGUGAUUCCUAACUGUGCGCAGACUGACUAAGCAGUAAAUGAAACGGUUUACAAUACAAAACUUGCAUAUCUGAUGUAGCGGGCAUGACCACUAUUAACGCAGAUUCCUUUUACCGACGAGGUGAGCUAUAUAGUGCUGUCCGAUACUGUAGGGCAAUCAGCUGGGGGAGUCACUCCUCGUGUACCAAACUGUCUGUCUCUCUGGCAUCGAUCGUCAUGACCACUAAUCACACCCACCCAUCCACAAACGAUUGCUAACCAGGAUGACUCAUACGAUGGGAAUAUCCCGAUCUUAUACCCAGUAGCCUAAGCGUGAUGCUGGUAGUGCACUGACUAACAAAUCUGGCAGUACGUUAUACAACGUGCUCAUGCAGGCUUAUCGUACGUGAGUAAUGGCUUCGCUUAUAUAAGGCUGGAACUACCAGCAAGGAGUGGUAUUCAACGGUAACCAAUAGCUCAAGCACCGAUUUACAUACGGGGCUAAGGCUCUCUCUGGAAACUUCAUCAAAGGCCCUGGACUUACAGAAUGUAUGUCGAAAUCCUACUAAUGAAUCUUCAGCAGGAAUUGGUAGCGAGAAGUCCGGCCAGCGUGUAGGCUAUGAAACAUUUCCAGUCGCACACAGCAGCUGGUAAGUGGAUACUUAAGACCCAGUGAAGAGAAACCAGGUCAAAACACACAACAAAUCAGGACGGCUGUUGGUGCCCUCAUUGAUGGUAGCGCGAGGUCGUAGACCACUACUACAGUUGUAAGCUUAGCUGGCUGCUGUGGAAGUUGCCGAAUGAGUGGAGAAUGUGACUGGCAAGCCGGCUGGCGGUCUCUACAUUACGCCAGCUGUUCUCCGUCAGUUAAGACAGCGGAAGAUUGACGCCGUAUAUUAGUAAACUGGCCUCACCAACGGGGCUAUGGGAAGGGCUAGGCCCGGCUACUCACCACCCCUGACUAAGUACUUCUAAUAUAACCGGCACAGAAUUGCGAAAUUUCACCAAAGUUGGACUCCCCACAUGUGCAUAUAGGACUGAAUGACGGACAGAACGUGUGAACGAUAUUCGCCGCGAAUCCCAACCACAACCCUGGAAUCCUAACCACAAAGGCGCGUGGUUGUGUUGGUCGUCAUAUACACAUGUAGUAAGUCAAUCAUGGAUUUGCGGAUGACAUUAGAAGUGGAAUUAGAUGAAAGGUAUACUAUUCCCCGACCCCCAAUAUCCUGGAAGCCGCAGACCCACAGCCUCGGUGAAGUUGUCCAGAAGUUUGAUCUGCCCCAGGUUGUACAGUGUGAUGUCACAGACUGCCCAGUGUCCAUCAACAACGUCAACUUUGACCUCACCCAGCCUUUGUUGCUUUGCCUUAACAGGACAAUACGUAAGAUUUGCGCCCGCAACCUUACCUUUGACAAGAGAGAAAAGGCUUCACGAGAAAUCGGCGAACCCGUGCUCAUUCCAAAAGACUACAAAGGAUGGUUUGCAGUGCUGAAGGACGGUCGAAAAGUUCCGCACUUCGGAUCUAUUUCUGCAAUAGCUUCUUCUCGCGUGUGCCGUUUCAUCGUCACUACAAAGUUGGUGGGAUUUUACAUUCUGUCGGACAAAAAUGGCUCGAUGACAUAUGCCAGGCGCGAACUCCUGCCUGGUGAUGUGCUGAGGGCUGGCAAAGUGUAUGUGGGAUCGUCGAAAACAAGCAAAGACUUCGCUCUUUUCAAGAAAAAGAAGAAAAAGGAAACGGAAGUUAAAUUCCUGAAAUGUACUGAUGACACUGAUAGAGAAAUACUCAUCAACUUAAACCAGUCUGGGACAUUUUAUCCUAUCUCCUACACAAACGGCUCCGUUGCGGGUUGUGUGAUGCAGUUAACUGACAUUCUGCAAAAACUUCACUUUCCACUGGAUGUCAAGCUAGUUUAUGGACGAAUUCCAAAUGCCCCUUGCUCAUUUUCAGGCAUGCUUCGGUUGAACGCCUCAUUCGAAGAAGACACAGUCGUUGCCGCGACAAUUAUGAAUUAUAAAAACAUACUUCUAGAACUAUCCACCCAGUCCUUGUUGUCUUUUAAGGUGGCUUACGCUACGCGUCAACUUCUGGAGAGUAAAGCUUAUCAACAGGCUUUAGAAAUGUGCCAAGAGAGAGCUGAAGUGUACGUACGCGACAUGAAAGUGUCCUUUGACUUCGUGACCGACACCGCACCAAACCUUACAUUAUCUGAACCCGACGCCUUUAAUACAAGUGGUAAUGCGCAGCUAGGAGAACACACGUUCGGUGAACCUACGUUGACUGUUCCUCGCGAUCUUUCAAGGCUCUCAAAGACAAGCUACGGCACAGACACUAGCGACCAGGAUCAGUACAUUGAUACUUCUGGAUCAACUAUUUUACCGCCAGCAUCACAGCCCGCCGACAACAGCUCUGACUACGAGAUGAUUUGGCUGUCAACGGGACAGCAGGUCAAGAAACGCAGUUGCAGAGAGCAACGGGCAGGCUCAGCGGAGCGUCGCUCCAUUUUCCGCUUAUCUCUUGAAGGUACCUAUCUGUCUUGUCCAAUAUUUUCAACGGAUGACCGGAUGAAGGCCACAACUGGAGAGAGUCAAUGCGGUCAGCCGGAUACGGUUACGUCAUCUUCAGGACCCCCUGUGUGCAAAGUGGAACCGCUAGAGACCGAGCCUCCGCCUCUGCCACCGCGGGUUCCACGUCCUAAAAGUAGUGUGAACGGGAUGGUACAGACAGAAACGCAGAAUAUCUAUGAAGUGUUGCACAGAACGCAGCCUGUAGAAAAGGCUCUACAGUUUCAGGAACCAGCUGGAAGCCACAUCGGAAGCGUGGCCAGCGUCAGUAGCACGGGCAGUGAUCUUAGUUCGCGUGAUAGAACAAAUCCUGACACCAGUACUAACUACGAGAAUAGCUCAUCCAAUGUGUCUUUUGGUGACAGUACGGUGGAUAUCAGUGAUCUGGACGAAGAUCUUCGGGAUUACGACUUUCCCGAACCAUAUCUUCUCCGAAAACCGAGUGACUCCGAUUACAGUCCUGUGGAUGAGCCACCCAGUUGUCCACAGGGCUCCCUGCCCCCAGCGGAUGUCGUGUCAUAUUAUGACAGUGGGUCCUACAGACCCGUGUCCCCAGGGGACUACCUAGAUGACCUCCCCUUGGGUGCGUCAAGUUCACAGAUUGGUGGGUUUUGCCCACAGAGCGGCACUUCGGGUCACACUGCUUGCAAUACGUCUUCAGGUAAAGACAAGUCUUAUUCUGUUGGCUCGUGUCUUGCUGACGCAGCCGGUGAUGAGUCCGGCCUGAAAGCGGCCUCCGGUCUUACGGUGCUUACAGUGUCAGAUGUAGCGGACUCUCUGCGGCGACUUGGACUGAAAGACGCCGUCAUUGAUUCUUUCGUCAGUGAAAACAUUGACGGGGACUUGUUGAGUAAAUUUGAUGAAGCGUCUCUUCAGGAUACGUUUCCCAGCUUGAGGUCAAUUGAGCUUCGCAAGAUCUGUUUGUUUAUCCAAUCAGGCUGGCAACCAAAUAUUUGACAUAUUUUAAUAUAAAUAAUUGGUAAGAUAAUAAGCUUUAAGUCAUCCUCUUUAACGGUUUUUAAUUAAAAUUCAUGCACACCUAGGUCGAAUUACUUUCUCUUACAAAACUUAAAAGAAAAUAUAACUGCUGAAAGAUGUUGAGUUCGUUUUUCUUAAGGUUUCGGUUGACCAUUUUCAAGAUUUUCAAGACCGUUUUUAAGCAAGCAACAAUAAACAGUUUUACCAUUUCUUUUUUAGCUUGGGGCCUUGUAGCCAUGCUCUUUUCAGCACAUGCGUUCGUUUUUACAGUCGCUUCACUGCCAUCACUGGUAAAUUUCGUACGUAAAUCUUGAACAACGCCGAGGCAGGAAGUGAUGGCAGAAAAAAUGCUUUUAUUGUUUUUUACUUUCGCUACCUUACAUUCUCUACCUAAAGUGUGUACCUCAUGAUUCUUAAGUAACACUUAAGAAACAAUUUUUUUGAUGAAUGACGGAUAUAGAUCCGCGCGAUGAAACAAAGUUGUGAGGCUAAGUCCACAUGCCUCGCACAGGAUUCAAAGGUCAAGUUUUUCUAGAUGUGUCAGUGAUGGAAAUCGAAGAUUGAGAGUCUUAGUUACAAAAUAUUAAAACUUCUUGUAAGCAAUACUACAAACAAUAGCCAUUCAUUACUUUCCAGUAUAACUGAUUUGGGAGUAAUGUUCUCUUUUAAUCACUUUCUCAAUUGUUUAACAUCGCCAUGUAUUUUUUACAAUUAUAUGGAAACCCAUUUGUAAAGUACAAAUGUAAGAAGUGUUUGCAAUGGAAAUACUAUUUGCGGAUGUAUAUUGGUAUUUCAUUUAAAUUUUGAAAUUUUUUAAAGCCCUCCCGAGGUUUCAAUAAGUCUUAUUAUUCAAGUUUUACCGUCCAUUCUGAAGCCGCCUAAGUGGUGAUGUGGCUCAUAUGGUGCUUCAAAGUAUUAUAACUAACGAUCAGAGUAUAACCAGUCUGGUGUAAACAAAGAUGUGCUGCAGGCGUGAAACAGGGGAGACAACUCUGCCUGAAUGUGGUUUUGUGUACAGGGCCUUUCGAAGUUGUGUACUGACUUCCUCCUGUGGUACAGCACAAUCUACAUGUAAGUGCGUAAUUUUAACAAUGCCUAAUCCACUUAGCGAAUUUUGACUUAAAGAAUUUUUAAUUUUUCUGACUGUAUAUUUCGGACACCAGCUGUUAAAAUUAGAAAUUCCUCACAAAUGUUAUGUUGGCAAAUUAACGAAAAUUUGAAUUCCAUGCACCAUAAGCUUUCUACAACAUAAAGGUUUUUUUUUUUUUUUUUGCUUUAGUCUUAUGUCAGAACUCGCUUUGUUGCAGCUCAAAAAUCAUGUUGUUUGCAAAUAUAUCAACCGGAUGUCCCACACUUUGGUUGCAAAUGUUCAAUCUUUCUGUGACGUCAUGACGUAACAAUUGCUUUCCUCGUGAAUGGAAUAAAAACUAACGUUGUCACGAGAAGGGGACAUUGGAUGUGUUGGAUCACUCCAUUAAGUAUGCUUUGAGGCAAUGAUAUUCCAAUUACAUUCAGUUGUGCAUGUUGUCUUUGUGGUCCGUUAUUAUAGUGGAUGCGCUUUUAGUUGGCACAUAAACGCUAGACACUUCGCACAUUAAUCACAUAUGUCCUUACGGUCAUGCACAUCACAUGGCGCACAUUUUGUUGGAUAUUGAUGAUCUGCAAAUGCUAUAAUGUAGAACAUUCCGUUCAAAAGCAGAUGCGCGUGUUUUGCGUCCGACAGUUGUGUAUAGUAUUUAAAACGCAUGCUCAAUGACUUAAUUGUGGUGCACUCAGAUGUGAAAUUGUUGUAUAUACCAAGAAAUGUAUUAUUAUUAAACUCAUGCUCUACCGAACUCUGGACAAUCA